GAGCCAUCCAUUCAUUUCCUCCUGAGAAACACACAGCGGCGGAGGAGGGAAGAGAGAGAGAGAGAGAGAGAGAGAGAGAGAAGGGGGUCACAUCAGAAAGUGCGACAGAGGAAAACAAGACAGAAAAGAGGGAGACAGAGGGACGCUGUAAGGAUAGUGCUUCUCGCUGUCAAUUACUGAGGUUAAUAAACAAGGAACAGUGCUAUCAGGAUGUUGAUGCUGGAUGGGAUGCCAGCCCUGCCAGUCAAAAUCGAUCCUGCAGAGUCACAGAGACGGUCUCCUGUGAUCCAUGACUACACAGAGAUGGGUGUGCUGGUGUUGAACCGUAGACUUCGGACACCAUCGGAUGAUAGACGAUUCCUGUCCGACCCCUUCCAGACACAAACAGAGCCAGUGGACCUGUCCACCAACAGAGCCAGAACCUCCCCGUCACUUUCAGCAUCAUCAUCUUUAUCUUCGUCUCCCUCGUCGUCCUCAUCGUCAAUACGAUUUUGUCCACAGUCCCCCCCUUCCAGCAAGUCUGUGUCAUCUUCAUCACCGUCAUCAUUAUCUAUGCCUUCAUCCUCCUCCACUUCAGUCAUAACCCCUGUUCCGCGUUUGAAGAUGUCUCCAGUGGUGGCCUCUCCUCCAUCCAGGAGUCUCAGGGGGCAGUCGUUUUUGCACAUACCCCAGCUGAUGCCUCCGUGCUCCAGCCCGGUCCACCUCCACCCACGCCGGGUGCCUGUGGUGAUGCAGCCUAUGCCGCUGGUCUACCCUGGAGUAGGAUCGCUGGGAAACAGCAGGCUCAUGAUGCCGCUGCUGGAGGAAAACAGGAUGCACAGGAAAGUCACACACCGAAUCGCAGAUGGACUGUCGCCUCGGCGAUCUUUGAGUGACAGCGAGGAUGAUGACCUGCCCAACGUGACCUUGGAGAGUGUGAAUGAAACAGGAUCCACUGCCCUGACUAUCGCCCGUGCUGUGCAAGAUUCCCUGUUGCCGUUCAGCAUUGAAAGCCUGCGGAGGCCCAGGCCCUCAGAGUCACCUGACUCAAAGAGGAGACGCAUUCACAGGUGUGAGUUUGAGGGCUGUAAUAAGGUUUACACCAAGAGCUCUCAUCUUAAAGCCCACAGACGCACACACACAGGUGAAAAGCCAUACAAGUGUACGUGGGAUAACUGCACAUGGAAGUUCGCUCGCUCGGACGAGCUGACACGACAUUACCGCAAACACACCGGUGUCAAACCGUUCAAAUGCAGCGACUGUGACCGCAGCUUCUCCCGCUCGGACCACCUCGCCCUCCACCGUCGCAGACAUGCCCCCCAAACAUGCAUAGUGUGACAGAUGUUUGAUGGACAAUAUAAGCAGACAGAGCAGGUCUCUAUCUGCCAGUGUCGCAUGCAGAAGGUCUGGUAUUACUCCUCCCAAAACAAUAAUGAGGUGAAAGACAUGGGGAUUUGACAGGAAUGACAGAUGGAAGAUGAGGUCCAUGUAUUAUGAGAUUCAUCUGCAUUAAUCCACAUUUCCUCAUAUGGUUUAUCCCCAGCACUUUUAUGUGAGGUUUAUUCUUAAAUGUGGGAGCCUCAGUUUGUACUAUUAAAAGCCAUGUGCUGUUAAAGAUGCUGUCUACGAUUUUUAUACAUAAAUACUAUAGAUACAGUGUAGUAGCCAAUAGUGGAGUUAGUACCUCUCUGUGUACGUGUAAUUCAAGCUUUUCUGUUCGGUUUUUCGGUAGUCGGGACCAGAGCUUGCGCUAGACUUCAACAUUGUCAACGGACAGGGUCGUAAAAAUUCCAUCAUAAUCUAUUAUUACCCGUCAUUUUAAUUUUCAUAUUUGAAUUAGAAUAACACAUUUAAUUGCUUUUAUUUUUGUUCACAUUUUCGCUUUUACGCAUGAACAUACAGUACAGCGCAGUGUUUAAAAACAACAAAAUUUGCUUGGGCUGGGUAAAAAAAAAAAUAAAAUAAAAAGUUUUCGAUUUUAAUAGAUUCUCAUUUUAAUGAACCGACAUCCAUUCUUAAAUUGCACUCAAUCUCUUGGUCAAUGCUGUUUUCAGCUGAUGAAUGAACAGUACAUAGUGCGUCUUCCUUCCAAUAAAUAGCAAAUUUCGAAUUCUUUCCAUUUCCUUAGGAAUGCUUACUUUGUCACUUGACAUUGUCAAAAGCCAAAGGUAUCUUUAUAGCCAUAUUAUUCAACGCCGAAGUAAGCCUAUGGGCGAGACUUCCGGUUUAUUAGCCGCUAUAGGAACGUAAAGAGAAGAACAACAUGCAGUAAACAGUAAAACUGUUUGCACUACAAACUAUUGUGAUCCUAAAUAAGAUAAUACAUUAAAUAAUAUUAUUAGACUCACAAAUUUGCAAUAUCAAGCAGCAAAACGGCUGUUUUGUACAGCUAAAAAUAGCUGGACUCCGAUGAGACCAGAAUGUGUUGCACGUAGGGGCGUGGCCGAACGGAGGGCGGGGGUGUGGCCGAAGCACACGUGUGUUUAGUUCUGAUAUGCGUUUCUUGUAUGCGACAUCUAGUGGUUGAAAAAUCGUAUACAGCACCUUUAAACGCAUUUGAUUCUCCAAACCUUCAGGUUUGCUUCAGGUUUACUCAUGGAAUGGAGUUACCAUUUUUCAUAUCACAAUAGUUUUAAAAUAUUUAGAAUUCAUUUUGUAAUACUUAUUUUGUCUAAAAAGGAUCGCAGAGGAGCCUAAAUCUGUUCAGUGCAAGCUUUGGUUAUGCAUUUAGCAAAUAAGUCACUUUGGGGGAAAAAAAAAAAAAAAAAUUUACAAUUUGCAGGGUAGUAAUGGCAUGGCUGUCACUGUGUAGAACUGAGUAGGUAGACUACAAAUGUAUUUCCAGAUAAAAAGACAAGCGCACAUACACAAAACAAAGAAACUACGACAAACAAACAUAAAACAAGACAUUAUCACAAUGCAUUCACAUUCUAGCUUCAAGUUCUGCAUGGGCUCCAGUUAUCACUUUAUUAUGGAAUCUGAAGUUGUUGUUUUUAUAUAUAACUGAAUGUGAGGAGACGGCCGUACCAUUGUGUAGUGUUCAGUCCUCCCGGGACUCUCUUACAACGUUUUCAACUUUCUUUGCAUCAUUUGUGCACAAAACUA